GUUUCUGUCUUUAAACGAUAAAAACGGGAUUAUGGAUCUACAAUUAGUUGACGCUAUGAUGCAACUUUCACCAUCAAGAAGAGCCACCGUUAAAAGAGUGCUGGAGUGUGCAAUCCAAAACCAUUCUCCAAAAAGAAGAUGCUUACAAAAAGAAGAGGAAGAAGAGUGUGCGACUGGUACUGUUUGCGUUGAGCCAAGAUUACAAAGUAGUGACCAAUCAAUACAACAGGAUUAUGUUGAUGAUGUAUAUACUUCUCGAUUUAGGACGUUUACACAAGCUCUCGGUGGACAGUGUUCAAGUGAUGAUGAUGAUGAGACUCCUUCUCCUUCUUCUUCUGAGACGGUGGAACAAAGAAUCAUACCGUUCCAGCAACAACAAGUAGACGAGUACGAAGACGACGUCGUUUCUACCGAGCUUACAUUGGGAAGUAGUAGCGCACAGUCAUCACGAAAGCUUUCUAAUUAUGAUGGAAAUCUUUCUCCCUCUCAUUAUAAUGAACCUUGGUCCGAAGAUGAUGCACCUGCUGUCUUUCUCCUCCAGCUAUCCCGUAAUUUGCCUACACAAAGACAACCGCAACCACUACGGAUACAACAUCAACCACAAACUCAGACGGACACACCGCAGAGGUUUGAUUCCUACAAGUGUGAUGUAUGUGGAAAAGAGUUUACUUCGUACCAAGCCUUAGGCGGACACAAGGCUAGCCACCGAGUUAAGCUGCAACCACUUGUUGAAAACGCAAACGCAGAAGCAGGAGGGAAAACGCGGCCAAGGAUGGCCCCAUCCGGUAAAAUACACAAGUGUUCUAUAUGUCACGUUGAGUUUCCUACUGGACAAGCUCUCGGUGGACACAAACGUCGUCACUAUGGUGGCAUUCUAGGCGGUCACAAACGUAGUCACGACGACGAGGUUAUAUCGGGAGACGAUAAGUCCAGCAGUCCCACCAAUCAUGACAGUGUUGAGUCGGAUAGAAGAGACAAGUACAGUCCCAAUCAUGAGAGUGUUGUGUCGGAUAGAACGCAGAAUUUUUUAAGAUUGUUAGAUCUCAAUGAACAUCCAUUGCCUGAGUUUGAUGAUAACAUCAGCCGAGACGUUGAGGAGGCUGAAAGUGCAAUUGUAGCGAACAAGCUGUUACAAUUGCUCAAAUACUAAUCAGGAUUUUUCUAAGUGUUGUUUUUUGUUUGUUCAUUCUUUGAGUUGACCAACCUAACUAACAUAUGAUAUCUAGUUUUUGAUUUUUCACAUUUAUUUAGUUGUUUUUGUAUUAUAUAAAAAAGCAAAAGAAAUUGGUUCA